AUGUUCAGGCUACGUCAGUCUACGUGUCUGCUCCUCACCGUAUGGUUCUUGUGUAUUCCUGGUUCGGUUCACGUGGUUCGAGCUCAAAACCAAACUAGAGCCACUACUCAUUCCGACGAAGCGCGCGCUUUAAACUCCAUCUUCGCGACUUGGAAGAUUCCGCCGCCGAGUGAAUGGAACAUCACCGGCGAGCUUUGCUCCGGCGUCGCCAUCGACGACGGUGUCCCCAUAACCAACCGUGCCUACAACCCUCUAAUCAAAUGCGACUGUAACUUCAUCAACUCUACAAUCUGCCGUAUCACUGCUCUGAAGGUUUAUGCGAUAGAUGUUGUGGGAACUAUACCUGAAGAGCUCUGGACUUUGCAAUACCUCACAAAUCUGGACUUGGGACAAAAUUUUCUGUCAGGCUCCUUGCCUCCUGCAAUUGGAAAUCUUACUCGAAUGAAAUCGAUGACUUUUGGGAUCAAUGCGUUGUCUGGCCCUGUUCCUAAGGAAAUUGGUUUGCUUAAAGAUUUAGAAUCACUUGGUUUAGGUUCAAAUAACUUUUCUGGUUCUAUACCAGCUGAGAUUGGGAGCUGUACAAAACUACGGGAAAUCUACCUAGAUAGUUCUGGACUCAGCGGAGUCAUACCUUUAUCAUUCGCUAAUCUUGUGGAGCUGAAAGACGCUUGGAUUAUGGAUCUGGAAAUUACAGGUCGGAUACCAGACUUUAUAGGAAAUUGGACCAAACUUACUACCUUGAGAAUUCUUGGAACUGGUUUGAGUGGUCCAAUACCGUCGUCAUUCUCUAACUUAACUGCUUUGACAGAACUGAGGCUAAGUGAUAUAUCCAAUGGAAGCUCUUCUCUUGAAUUCAUCAAAGACAUGAAAUCUCUAAGUAUAUUAGUAUUGAGGAACAACAAUCUCACAGGGACAAUACCGUCUAGUAUUGGAGAAUUCUCAAGUUUGCAACAAGUUGAUUUAAGCUUCAACAAACUACGUGGAGCAAUUCCGGCUUCACUCUUCGACUUAAGUCAACUUACUCACUUGUUUCUGGGAAACAACACGUUAAAUGGUUCGUUGCCCACUCAAAAGAGGCAGUCUUUGAGCAAUAUAGAUGUGUCGUAUAAUGAUUUGUCUGGAAUUCUUCCUUCAUGGGUCAGCUUACCAAACUUGAAACUCAACGUAGUUGCUAACAACUUCACAUUAGAAGGUCUUGACAACAGGGUUUUAUCAGGGUUGAUCUGCCUGCAGAAGAACUUUCCAUGUAAUCGAGGCAAAGCAAUCUAUUCUGAAUUUUCGAUCAAUUGCGGAGGCCCAGCGAUAAGGUCUGUUAGUGGAGCCCUGUUUGAGAAGGAGGAUGAGGAUCUUGGACCAUCUUCGUUCAUCGUGAGUGCUACUCAGAGAUGGGCAGCCAGUAGCGUAGGACUUUUUGCCGGAAGUAGCAAUAAUAGAUACAUAGUUAAUUCACAAGCACAAUUUAUCAACACUUCGGACUCGGAGCUUUUUCAGUCAGCAAGACUUUCUGCAUCUUCCCUAAGGUAUCAUGGGUUGGGGCUAGAAAAUGGAGGCUAUACUGUAACACUUCAUUUUGCUGAAAUACAAAUGCGAGGUUCUAACAGUUGGACAGCUAUUGGAAGACGACGUUUUGACAUUUAUGUCCAGGGAAAACUUGUUGAAAAAGAUUUUGAUAUACGAAGAACAGCGGGUGACUCUAAUGUUCGAGCAGUUAAGAGAGAAUAUAAAGCAAAUGUGUCAGAAAAUUACCUCGAAGUUCAUCUUUUCUGGGCUGGAAAAGGAACAUGUUGUAUUCCUAUUCAAGGGGCUUAUGGGCCAUUAAUAUCGGCUGUUAGUGCAACACCAGAUUUUACACCAACUGUGGCUAAUAAGCCACCAUCAAAUGGGAAGAACAGGACAGGUACUAUUGUGGGUGUCAUUGUUGGCGUGGUACUUUUGAGCAUCGUUGCAGUUGUGGUUGUCUUCAUCAUCCGAAAAAGAAGAAAGCGGUACACAGAUGAUGAAGAGCUACUUGGUAUGGACAUAAAGCCUUACACCUUUACAUACUCGGAACUUAAAAGUGCAACUAAAGAUUUUGAUAUCUCAAACAAGCUUGGAGAGGGAGGAUUUGGGCCUGUUUAUAAGGGAAACCUCAAUGAUGGAAGAGAGGUAGCGGUAAAGCUGUUGUCGGUUGGAUCCCGACAAGGGAAGAGACAAUUUGUUGCAGAAAUUGUAGCAAUUUCUGCAGUUCUGCAUCGCAACCUAGUACAACUUUACGGGUGCUGCUUUGAAGGAGAUCAUCGUUUGCUCGUAUAUGAAUAUCUCCCUAAUGGAAGUCUCGAUCAGGCACUAUUUGGGGAUAAGACUUUACAUCUUGAUUGGUCAACCCGUUUUGAGAUAUGCUUGGGAGUAGCCAGAGGUCUAGUCUAUCUCCACGAGGAGGCGAGUGUUCGCAUAGUACACAGGGAUGUGAAGGCCAGCAACAUUUUGCUUGACUCUAAACUGGUCCCAAAAGUUUCUGAUUUUGGGCUUGCAAAACUAUACGAUGACAAGAAAACCCACAUAAGUACUGGAGUUGCAGGGACAAUUGGGUAUCUUGCGCCAGAGUAUGCAAUGCGUGGACAUCUAACGGAGAAAACAGAUGUGUAUGCCUUUGGUGUUGUGGCUCUUGAGCUAGUGAGUGGAAGGCCAAACUCUGAUACGCACUUGGAGGAUGAACAAAUGUAUCUUCUUGAAUGGGCAUGGAAUCUACACGAGAAAAACCGAGUAGUCGAACUAAUAGAUAAUGAUCUAAGCAAAUUCAACAUGGAAGAAGUGAAACGUGUGAUUGGCAUUGCUCUGUUGUGCACACAAUCAUCUCAUACCUUGAGACCACCAAUGUCAAGAGUGGUGGCCAUGUUAUCAGGAGAUGUUGAGGUCAAUGAUGUCACUUCUAAGCCAGGCUACAUAACAGACUGGAGAUUUGACGACAUUACCACCACUACCCCUGAUCUCAAUGCCCUUCAAACUAAACAGACAGGUGCUCCUGCCUCCGAGAUAUCGCCAGGAAACACCGACUCUCAGCCAAUGCUUGGAUCCAAGAUCAAUGUUGGAAGAUGA